GUUUAACGCUUCGCUCACAUCUCCUUGUUGAUAAGGAUUUGGGCUCGUUCGAUCAAAACGUAGGAGCUUCGCCUUUCGCACGUUCUCUCUCUAUCGCCUCCUUUUCGCUCCGCAACCCCUCUCUCGCCCCUUCGAGGUUCAGUAACUUCAUCAUAGGGUUUGCGAGUUGCUGCUCUCUGAAUUAUUAAGCUUGUGGAUUCCUUGAAUGUCUUGCAGCCAAUGAGGGGCUAUGAAAGCAAUGGCUUUCGCCAAAGAGUUGAUGAUUAUGAGGAGGAUUAUGAUCAUGAUGAAUAUGAGGAGGAAGCUUCCGAGGCUGAGGAAGAAGAACGUGAAGCUCCGAAGCCCACCAGGGAGGAACAGGAUUUUCUAAAGCUGAGGGAGCAACUAAAAGAUAAAUUUAGACGAAAGUUGAAGACGCAAACUGCUAGUGAUUUCGGUCGUGUAUCUUCAACUCAAGUCAAGAGGACGGCGGUGCCAAAUGAUAAGUUUGGCUCCUUCUUUGGCCCUUCAAAACCUGUUAUUGCUCCACGAGUUAUCGAAGAAAGCCGCUCUAUUAGAGAGACCAAGCACAUUGUCGCUAAAGCGUCAAGUUCUUCAAGUAAAAGGGAUCCCUUAUCCUCAGAAGUAAAACCAAAAGCACAUUACCAGCAACCAAAAGUUGUUAAUGAGACAAAGAAGAAAGCUCAGACACUCAAAGACAUGAGGGACUACUCGUUUCUACUCUCAGAUGAUUCUGAUCUUCCUUCUCCUGCAGCUAAGGAGGCGCCUUCCUCCAGAAAUGUUUCAGUUCCAAGAUCUGAUGGUCGACCUUCGCAAGAACUAUCGAAGAAGAGCAAGUUGCCGACAAUGAGCAAACCUGCAAGUAGUCUAGCUUCUAAUGGCCGUGAAUCAAAGAACCUGGUUUCAACAAACAGGCACGUGCAAACGAAAGUGGGGUCUACAAAGGAAGCUCCUCCAAACCGACAUACGCCAGCUUCAACUGAAUCUAUUAGAAAAGUGGUUAGUUCUGGUGUGGCAAAUGGGCCCAGACAGGUUGUUGGGAGUAAAGCAUUGACUCAGAAGGUUCCAGUGCGGUCUGCUGAUUCUCAUAGGCGGUCUGCUGAUUCUCAUAGGCCUAUUGGAAAGGUCCCAAUGCAUUCCGCUGAUUCACAAAGGCCUAUUGGAAAGGUUCCUGUGCAGUCCACCGAUUCCCGUAGGUCUAUUGGAAAGGUUGUAAAUGACCCUGGUUUAAAGAAGAAUUCUUUGCCUGUGAAGCCCCAUGCCUCAACCACUCAAAAUCGUUAUCCUGAACAAAAAAGAAUAGCUUCGGGAUUGGAUAAAGUAAAAAUAGCACCCAAGCAGCCAAUAGCACCGAAGAAGCCGUUGCCUUCAUCAAAACCUCAGCCAUCUAAGCAGAUCUCUUCGCAUGCCACGCAUGAUGACCGUCCAAAGAAAAAGCCUGCAAAACGGCCCUUUGAGGAAGACGAUGAUGAAGAUGGUGAAUUGGCUAUAGGAAUGAUCAGGAAGAUGUUUGGAUAUGAUCCUAGUAGGUAUGCAGGGAUGGAUGAGGAUGAUAGUGACAUGGAGGUUGGUUUUGAUAAGAUACAGAAGGAAGAGCGUAGGAGCUCGAAGAUUGCUAGAAAGGAGGACGAAGAACAGCUUCGCCUUAUUGAGGAAGAAGAGAGGCGAGAGCAGAUGAGAAAGAAGCAGAAGCUACUACGCGAGCGGUAGCUGUUGAGGUAGCAUCUGUCUUAACUGUGUUUGCAGCUGAUUGUCCAUUGAAUGAUUGAUUGGUAUGUGGAGCAAUGAGAUGUUGAUAUGGAACUGAUCCUUGCAUUUCUUUUUUAUUAUUAUUUUUUGGAGAGAAUUAUUUUGAUUCGUGGGAAAUUGGUGCAAUAUCUGCAAUGUUCUUUUCUUUUAUAGCCCAAUAGAUGGUCUAAUUGUAGAUUAUU